AUGAACUGUGGACACUACACGGUACCGACAGUAUCCAAAGAAAAGAACCGUCGCUUUAUACCCUAUCCCAAGAACAAGCAAGAAAAAGGCGACACAUUGGACAGCGUCCGAUUUAUGGGUGACAUGAACGAACUCGAGAUCUUUCGGGACGUCAUUUCAGACAGGGAGUACUAUGAAAUAGAUGGACUCAAGUAUCGCAAAGUCGGCAAUCAUUAUGUCGAGAUGGUGUCUCCUACAGACGAUCCGCUUGAAAAACGACGCUUUCGAGGACCUCCGAUUCCGAGAACUGUUACUGGAAUCAAUCAUUGGAUCUAUUCCAUGGCUGGUGUGGAUCGAUAUACGAGUGAUCGCUUGAUGCGCAUCUAUUUUAUGAACGUGCAUCCGUUAUUGCCUGUCAUCAACAAAAGGGUGUUUUUACAACAGUACCGAGAUCAAGCAGAUACCUAUCCCAGUGCAGAGUUAUUGAAUGCCAUGUUUGGUGCUGCUGCACGGUUCGUUGAAGUCGAAUCCCGAAGGCAAAAAAGCAUGAAUGCAUAUCCGGACUUGCAGUGCGAGGCGCCCGAAAACUGGCAUAUUCGAUUUUUUGAGCAGGCUCAUGCGAUCGUUACCAUCAAUCCUCCAAAGUCUAGCGUGUCAAUUGUUCAGACGACUGUCAUCAUACAUAAUACGAGUGGGAAUGUUUCUGCUAGCGGGUCUGAAGGUUGGCUGAUGAGUGGGUCAGCUAUUCGCAUGGCACAGUACUUUGCCCUUAAUAGAGAUUGUGAUAGUUGGGACAUUCCUGAACAAGAAAAAGAAACGCGGAAACGUAUAUGGUGGUCUCUCUAUAUUAGCGAUCGAUUCCAAGCGGCGAACAUGGGACGACCUAUUGGUAUCUAUGACGAGGAUAAUGACGUGGGUUAUCCGGAUACAUUUGAAAGCUGGGCUGAAGUGCUUGAUGAACCAACAGACGAAGAGGACGACGUGCUACCACGGUUUCCCUCAGCGACCUUUCGACCAGAAUCAAUCGACGGACGUGUUGAGAUAUACAUACUUUUCCGUCAACUUAUCAAACUUUCCGAGAUUCUGGGACAUAUCUUACAAGCACUCUAUACGCCACGUGCACGCAUGAUUUCGCAUAAAUAUGGCUGGAACCAGAUCGUGACACGGCUGGAUCACGAGCUGACGGAAUGGCGGUUUGGUUUUCCAACAGAAUUGGAGCGGGUCAAGCAUAAGGAUUUCGAUGAAAUCCAUGGUUAUUUUGCACCAACAAUAGCAUCCAUUUUAUUAUGCUAUUUUGGAAGUUUGAUCCUUUUGCAUCGACCCUUUAUUGAGCGCAAUACCAAUAACAACGAUCGACCCUCCUACUCAUCGUUCCGUAUCAGUACGAGUGCAGCUACGCGUGGAACUCGCAUUGCUGAACGCAUGUCGAUACGCGACUUUCUAAUGCUUCCAUACUGCUUCAACAUUACGCCCGUUUUGCAACUCGCCCUGAUUCAUAUAUACAACUCACGCAAUCCUGAUGGGAGGAUAUCAGCGCCUAGCAAAAUUUACUUUCGCAAGACUUUCGAAUUGGUUUCCAAGAUACGACCCAUGUCGAAACGUGCUAAUCAGCUGUAUACAGUCCUGGAGUUUAUCAUUGAUCAAAUGAACAUUCAUAUG